AUGAUUGCAGCGCUCUUUAUAUUCAGUCAUAAGGGAGAGGUGUUGAUAUCUCGAAUCUUUCGUGCGGGUGUUCGUAGAAAUGUCAGUGAAGUGUUUCGUAUACAGGUAAUAUCCAAGCUUUCGGACAUCAAGUCACCCGUUCUAACUCUAGGAUCCACGUCUUUUCUACAUAUACGCCAUGGAUCUUUAUGGAUAGUUGCAGUGACAAGAGACAAUGCAGAUGCGUCGCAAGUUCUUGAGUUCCUUUACAAAUUCAUUGACCUACUUAGAGGCCUAAUAUUAUUGUCAGAAAAAGACGACUCUGCGAGUGAUAGAAUACUUACGGAUGUCGAUGUGAUGAACAACUUUUCUGCUAUUUAUGAGAUUCUUGGGCGGAUCAUUGAUUAUGGUCAUAUACAAGAUUGGGAUCUUUUGGAGUUAAAGAGCGGUCUUAAUGCCAAAUUGACCAAAGGUCAUGGAUCCAAAAAGGGUGGACGGGCACAGGCAGCUACCAGUAGUACGAUCAAGACUGGCUCUGCUCUAUUAUCACGUGCGGCAUCGAUGAGUCGGCACAGAUCGAGCUCUCUAGGUGGUAUUCUUGGUGUCGGUGGUGCGUCGAUUCAUUCUGGAGGGGCAAACGGGCUUUACAAUUCUAGAGCUCCUGGAAUCAAGUACAAGAAAAAUGAGAUUAACAUAACGGUGACAGAACAAGUUAGUUUGUUGAUGUCGCACGCUGGAUCAAUAGUGAGAGCGUUUGCAGAAGGUUCAGUCAAUGCCAACACAAAACUAUCGGGUAUUCCUGUAUGCUCAUUCAGGCUCAUUAAACAGAGAGAGCCAAUCAUUGGCAAAUACGAGAGAGAAAAUCGAUAUGAAUACAACGAAGACCACGGUAAGCAGGAGCCAGAUUUUACUAUUGAUACAGAGGAUGAUGAAGAGGUGGAUGAUGAUACGAACACUAACAAAGAGGCAUUUGAAAAGCUCAAUGAGUGUAAUUUCCACAACUGUGUGAACCUUCAGGACUUUGAUAAUGAUGGAAUAGUGAAAUUUGUGCCUCCAGAUAGAGAGUUCGAACUCAUGAGAUACAGAACUGACAUUACCAGCCUUCCAUUUAUAGUAUAUGUUGAGUACGACUAUGCAGGGUCCGAUCGGUUGGACUUCAAGCUCAGAUUAAAGACGCACUAUUCGAAAACAAUUACAGCCAGUGAUGUAGUUGUCAGAAUCCCUAUACCAACAGGGACCAUGCAUGCCAAGAUCAAUUCAGACUCUGGCAAAGCCAAGCUUCUGGCUAACGAAUCAACCAUUCAGUGGAAAUUUAAGAAGCUUGUUGGACAAAGAUUGUGUGAGUUGAAUGCUGCUGUGGAUAGUAUAGAGGGAGCAAUGAUUUCCUGGUCCAAGUCGAGACCACCGAUCUCCAUCGAUUUCACUAUGGACAACUAUUCCACCAGCGGCUAUAGAAUAGAGCACUUAAAGGUGGACGAGCCGAACUUAAGCUAUCGAACUGUCAAGUCUGUGAAGUACUUUUCAUUAUCGAAAAGUUACGAAAUCAGGAUGUAA